AGAGGGAAAUUGCAUUGCAUACUUCUCAGUUAGUCGGGAUUACCAGAAGAAUGAAGUGCAUCCAGGCCAUAUGCCUCUUCUUUUCAGUGAUCCUACUGGGAUCCGUUGUUCAAACCGUUGCCCAGGAGGGGAUGGAUAUCCAUAAGAUGGGCAAGUGUUUUGACCUGGGUGUCGAAGUAGCUUCAGCCAUUGGCCAGAAGAUUGUGCCCACCAUCAAAUCCCUGGCAACCUGCUCCAAGUUCGAGCCCAUGAAGACAAAGGGUCUGGAUGCUACGGCGAUGCUGUUGCUGGCCUAUCAGUUCAUCCAGAAGAUCGUCGGCAACCAGAAGUGCCUGUUGGACACCAUCCAGGACUUAAGAAAUCUGCUAGAUCCCUUCGCCACAACAUUUUCUCAAUUAAAGUGCCUGAGUAACUAGGAUUGAUUUUGUACAUAACUUUUCUUGACACGCACCCACUUAUCAUUAUAUAUAAAGUAAAUAAACAACCGUAUGAAAUCGA